AUGCUUACUGCACGAUCAAUCUUGUCAUCUGCUCGCACAAUCGCCAGAGCAACCACAUUGAACACAAGAUCUUUGUGAGUUUUUUUUUGAAAUUUCUGAAAAAUAUUCCUAUUUUUCGAAUUUUAGCUCCGAUAAAGCAAAGGGUCAUGUUAUCGGAAUUGAUCUCGGAACCACCAACAGUUGUGUCAGUGUUAUGGAAGGAAAGACUGCUAGAGUUAUUGAGAACGCUGAAGGAGUAAGAACCACACCAUCAACAGUUGCUUUCACCGCUGAUGGUGAAAGACUUGUCGGAGCACCAGCUAAACGUCAAGCUGUUACCAACUCUUCCAACACACUUUUCGCCACCAAAAGAUUGAUCGGAAGACGCUUUGAAGAUGCCGAAGUCCAAAAGGAUUUGUAAGUCGACUUAUGAUUUUUUGAAGAAAUAUUGUUUUCCAAUGUAUUUUUUUCCAGGAAAGUUGUGCCAUUCAAGAUUGUCAAAGCCAGUAAUGGAGACGCAUGGGUUGAGGCUCAAGGAAAAGUUUACUCUCCAUCCCAAGUUGGAGCUUUCGUUUUGAUGAAAAUGAAAGAAACCGCUGAAAACUAUUUGGGAACCACAGUCAACAACGCCGUUGUCACAGUCCCAGCUUACUUCAAUGACUCACAACGUCAAGCAACCAAGGAUGCUGGACAAAUUGCCGGUUUGAAUGUUCUUCGUGUUAUCAACGAGCCAACCGCUGCUGCUCUUGCCUACGGUUUGGAGAAAUCUGAUGAUAAGAUGUGAGUAAAAAACUGUUAUUUUGAAAUUUUUAACCUGUAUUUUUCAGCAUCGCUGUUUACGAUCUUGGUGGUGGUACUUUCGAUAUCUCCAUCCUCGAAAUCCAAAAGGGAGUCUUCGAAGUCAAAUCGACCAACGGAGAUACUUUCCUCGGAGGAGAAGAUUUCGAUCAUGCUUUGGUUCACCAUCUCGUCGCUGAAUUCAAAAAAGAACAAGGAGUUGACCUCACCAAAGAUCCACAAGCUAUGCAAAGACUUCGUGAAGCCGCCGAAAAAGCCAAAUGCGAACUUUCAUCAACCACCCAAACCGACAUCAACCUUCCAUACAUCACAAUGGAUCAAUCUGGACCAAAACAUCUUAACCUCAAGCUCACCAGAGCCAAGUUCGAACAAAUCGUUGGAGAUCUUAUCAAGAGAACCAUCGAACCAUGCCGUAAAGCUCUUCAUGACGCCGAAGUCAAAUCAUCCCAAAUCGGAGAUGUUUUGCUUGUCGGAGGUAUGAGCAGAAUGCCAAAGGUUCAAGCCACCGUUCAAGAAAUCUUCGGAAAAGUUCCAUCAAAGGCUGUCAAUCCAGACGAGGCUGUCGCCAUGGGAGCUGCUAUUCAAGGAGCUGUUCUUGCCGGAGAUGUCACUGAUGUUCUUUUGUUGGAUGUUACUCCACUUUCCAUCGGUAUCGAAACCCUCGGAGGAGUUAUGACCAAACUCAUCACAAGAAACACAACCAUCCCAACCAAGAAAUCGCAAGUCUUUUCAACCGCCGCUGAUGGACAAACUCAAGUUCAAAUCAAGGUCUUCCAAGGAGAACGUGAAAUGGCUGCCAACAACAAACUUCUCGGACAAUUCUCAUUGGUCGGAAUCCCACCAGCACCACGUGGAGUCCCACAAGUCGAAGUUACCUUCGAUAUUGAUGCUAAUGGAAUCGUCAAUGUUUCUGCCAGAGAUCGUGGAACCGGAAAAGAACAACAAAGUAAGUAUUGUUUUGAAAAUUUUGAGGGAUUUUAAUGGGAAAAUCUUGAAACGAAUUUUUUUUUCUCUUUCAAAGUUCCAAAAUUAUUGAAACAUUUUUUCAGUUGUUAUUCAAUCAUCCGGUGGUUUGUCCAAGGAUCAAAUUGAGAACAUGAUCAAGGAAGCCGAAAAGAACGCCGCUGAAGAUGCCAAGAAGAAGGAACUCGUUGAAGUUAUCAACCAAGCCGAAGGAAUCAUUCAUGAUACCGAAAGCAAGAUGACCGAAUUCGCUGACCAACUUCCAAAGGACGAAUGCGAAGCUCUCCGAACAAAGAUCGCUGACACCAAGAAGAUCCUCGAAAACAAAGACAACGAAACCCCAGAAGCCAUCAAGGAAGCUUGCAACACCCUCCAACAACAAUCGCUCAAAUUGUUCGAGGCCGCCUACAAAAACAUGGCUGCCAAGAACAGUGGUGGAGAUGCCCAAGAAGCCAAGACCGCUGAAGAGCCAAAGAAGGAACAAAACUAA